AUCCGCCACUGAAAUUUUUGUAUCAUUUUCGAGACAUGCGCUAGGCCUAAGUACUUAAUUCGUGGAACGCGUAUCCAUGUCCGCUUCGUCCUAGAUAUGGACCUAUAUGUGGCUAUAAUGACGUCAGAAUGCAAUAUCCGCCAUAUUGUGUAACAGUUGUGUCCUGUGUCCGCGAAAACUGACCAUACUCGGGGAUCGCAGACUCCAAAUUUCUGACCGGUCGCCUGUUACUGCCCUUCAAAACCCGGGAAUAGUCGCCAAAAUCACAAGGGUUCGUUACACAUGAUAUGAUGUAUGAAAUGGGUAGCACAAGCACAUUAGAUGUAGGGAUUUGUAACGAUAUCUGGCGACAACGAUUGGGGGAGUUUUAAAGCAUCACUGUCACUUCCUCUCCGUAAACAAAAUGGCAGCCAAGUACCAAUCUACCAAGGAAACUGUCAAUUUUGCGCGAAUUUGUAGAGUAAUGGUUGAUGUUGUCCCAGAUGUCUUCAGAGAUUUACUGCUCUGCCGUCUGCCAGCUUCAGGACUUGCCCCUACUCUUGGCAACCAGAAGUCACAGAUCUUCUCCCAGUUGAAUAAACAGCAGAAGAAGAUCCUGUACCCCCCAGUUGGAAUGUUUGUAGGUUCUCUGAAAGAUUUAGAUGUAUCACUUAUCUACAUCUUACUUAGGAACUUAGGAAAUAUUCCUCCUCACCAGAAUGGUUGGGGGAAAAGUCCAGAUCCUGCAGACAGGUCUCUUUCGGCCAACAUUGAGCGUCUGCGUAUUCAUCGUAAUGAAGCAUACGCACAUGCAAACACUGCCUUCCUUUCUGAUGGAGAUUUUCAGACAAGAUGGGUGGACAUCAGACAGAGUGUGGAGGAGAUAGAGAAAGUUGUCCCAAUGAAAAUGACAUUUGUCACGGAGAUAGACAGCAUACUGACCAUGAGGAUUGACCCCUUAACAGAGACUUUGAAUGUUCUUAUAAAGAAACUUGAAGAUAAAACCAAUGAUGUAAAAGACCAGCAAGAUACAACAGCAAAUGAUGUGGAUGAAAUAAGAGGGGAGAUCAGUGAUAUCAAAGAUCAACAUGACACAAUGGCAACUAAUGUGGAUAACAUAAAGGGGGAAUUUGAUGACUUCAAAGGUAGACAAGACAUGUUGAAAACUGGUGUGGCAAAUGUCAAAGGGGAAAUAAGUGAUGUUCAAGACAGACUAGACACAAUAAAAAAAGACAUGGAGAGACAUAAAGAAAGGGAUCCUAAGAUGGUCUCCAUGAUAGAAACAACAAAAAACAUGAUAAAUAAUGAAAGAAAAAGUUACCAGUUUAUUGCCACCAAAAGUUUCUGUGAUGCCCGGGAAAAACUUCUGAAGAACAGGAUUGUUAUAAUCCAGGGAAAUACGGGAGAUGGGAAAUCAUCUAUUGCAAUUGAACUCCUUCGUUCACUUUGCAGUGAGGAGGAGCAACAGAAGAACCUUUGCAGACAACCACUGGAAUUAUAUGACAUAAAGGACUUAGAUUCAGUGGCACCAAAGUCACAAUUAGUUGUUUAUUUAGAUGAUAUUUUUGGUAAGAAUGCUGUGUGUUAUGCAGAUGUGGAAGAAUGGGAGAAAAGACAAAAAGCUGUUCUAUCCAAAUUUUGUGAAAGUGAGCACUCUGAGAGCAAUUUUCUUGUCAUUACCAUUCGCAGUGGAAUUUUAAACUCUUUAGAUAGUUCUUGUUUGGAAAAUAUAUUCACAGAACAAAACAUUAUUGACCUAAAUGAGUACAAAGAUGAAAAAGAAAAACUGGAAUUAUUAAGGUUAUAUGAACCAAAAGAUGAAUUUGUUAAAUGGACAGAUGAUGAAGAGAAAGAGAUAAUAAGAUCAGCCCCAGACAUUGGGUUUCCCCAGUGUUGUAGAUUGUUCAGGGACACACCCGCUUUGCAAGAAGAGAGAUUAAACUUCUUUAGAAGACCUUUUCAUUUUAUGAAAUCAGCUUUAGCUAAAUUAAAAGAUGGGAAAUUUUAUGGGUUGCUCUAUCUGUUUCUCAAUGGAGGCAAAUUGAUGGAAAAUGAUUUAGACCCUUCCAGUGAAAAUAUUAAUAACAAAUUGCUAGAAGCAGCAUUUGCUGUUGAUGUAGUCAGAGUUAUUCCAACUUCAGAACUCAUGUACAACAAGGGGAGAAAACCUGAAUUUGUGAAGGAAUCAUUGGAAAGUCUGCUGGGUUCGCUAGUGAAAAAAGAGUUCACCGAAAUAGAAGGAGGAUUUGAUUCUUAUUACAAAUUCAAUCAUGAUUCGAUUGAGGAAACAGUGGCAUUUUUGUAUGGAGAGAAAACUCCCAUUGGUUACAUACAAAAUUGUCCCAGCAAGUUCCUCAGUUUUCUUACUACAGCCAAACACACCCCAAACAGGAUAGUCAUAUCAUCUUACGAAAAAAAAAGAUGCCAUGUACAAACGCUCACUCAAAGAGUUUAAAUCUAUUGAUCCCAGAAGAUAUAGGUAUUUUAGUGAAUGGGAAUAUUUAGUUACAUUAGAUGUAUGGAAUGAUACCCAGUUUCUACAGGGAUAUAUUAAAUGGCUAAAUGGUCAGAAUGUUGACCAAACUUUGUGUCUUGAGAUAAAACUUGCCUUAUUGAAUGGAGCAUGCUCCAUUGGUUCAGAAGAAUGUGCCUCGUAUCUCCUAUUACAGGGUGUUACACCUGACAAGGAGACACCAUUUUUUGUAGUGAAGGGUGGGAGUGUAGAUCUACUGAGGAAACUACUGACAUAUGACAUCACUCCUACAACGAAGGCACGCAGGUCACGAUCAUCACAUUAUGCAGCACAUAUAAAUGUUCUUCACGAGGCGUGUUUGAGUGAAAGAGAAGAGAUGGUGACCUUGUUGUGUGACACUUAUCCAGACUUGGUAUAUGACACUGAAAAAGAUGGAAGUAGCACACUCCAUCUUGUGGUAUUGACAGGAAACUGUAGUAUAUUUCAGACUGUGGAGAGAACGGUACUUAAAUCCUUGUGUAGAGUUGAAGAUGCGCAACAUCAGUGUGAAUCAGAAGAUGGUCGUGUGGUACAUCAAAAUUGUGCAUGUGCUCAGUUCAUGUCACAGUUAAUAGAUAAGUUUGGCAAGACAGUAUUACAUCAGAGUUGUAAGCAUGGAAAACGAGAGCUUAGUUUAGAUUUGUGCAAGGUUUAUCCAACACUAACCACAACUUUAGGUUAUAAGUUUGAGGACACAAUUUUACAUUUUUGUUGUAGGUAUGGACACAGGGAGCUUUUUUUCCAGUUGUGUAAGCUAUAUCCUGCACUAAUCACAGUUGUAGAUAUGUAUGGGAGAACUGUAUUGCAUGUAAGCUGUUUUAGAGGACACAGGGAGAUUUGUUUAGAUUUGUGUAGAUUAUAUCCAGCACUAACCACAGUUGUAGAUAAUGAAGGGAAGACAUUUUUACAUUGGAGUUGUUGGUGGAGAGACAUGCAGCUUUGUGUAGAUUUAUGUAAAUUAUAUCCAGCAUUAGCCUCAGUCAAAGACAAUGAGGGGAGGACAGUAUUACAUGUGUGUAGUGAGUGGGGUUGCACAGAGAAUUGUAUAGAUUUAUGUAAGUUAUACCCAGCACUAAUCACAGUUGUAGAUAAACGCAGUUUAACAAUAUUACAUUGGAGUAGUAAGAGGGGACACAGGGAGCUUUGUUUACAGUUGUGUAAAUCUUUCCCAGCACUAACCACCAUCGUAGAUAGCUAUGGAUGGACAAUAUUACAUUGGAGUUGUAUGAAUGGACAUACAGAGCUUUGUUUAGAGUUAUGUAAACUCUUCCCAGCACUAACCACAAUUGUAGACAAAGAUGGGAGGACAGUAUUAUUUGUGAGUUGUAUAAAGAGACAUGUGAAGUUUUGUUUAGAACUAUGUAAGUUAUAUCCAGAACUAAUCACAAUUGCAGACAAGUUUGGGAAGACUGUAUUACAUACGAGUUGUAGGACGGGACAAAGGGAGCUUUGUUUAGAGUUAUGCAGAGCCUACCCAGCACUAACCUCAUAUGUAGAUAAUAAAGGGAGGACUAUAUUACAUAUGUGUUGUGAAAAGGGACGCAGAAAGCUUUGUUUAGAUUUGUGCGAGCUCUACCCGGCACUAACUACAGUUGUAGAUAAGGAAGGGAGAACCAUAUUACAUAUUUGUUGUAUUCAGAGUGACAAGGAGCUUUGUCUAGAUUUGUGUUUGCGCUACCCGGUACUUACCACAAUGAUAGACAAGUUUGACUGCCAUUGUCUACAUUACAUAGCCAAGCGUACAUCAGAUGUAAACUGGUUCACUAAAUAUGAAACUCAUUUGCAACAGUACGCAGAGUCGACAGGGCAGAAAUAUGACAUCACAACUAUGCUUACUGAUAACGGGAGAUCUGUUUUAGACAUGGCAAAGGAAUUCAAGUACAGCAGGAAGAACCCUUUGUAUGAUCAUCUUGUCAAAUUGUUCAAGAAAUAAAAUUAGAUGUCCAUUCUAACUACUGUACACUUGCAACUGAUUACCUGUGUAACAAGGUGACAAAGCAAAAAGAUAAGCUUGAAGAAAUAUUCUUGUCCUCAUCAUUUUUAAUAAGGUAUUAAAACAGUGUUGCAGUGACAGUAAGUAUUGCCAUAUUGAACAUUAUCUUUAACAUACAGGAAUUCGAAUGUACAGUUAACUUUUGAAAAUUGAUAAUUGUCUUUCUCUUUCAAAAAAUAUUUUAGUUAAGUGUGGUGAUAUCUCAUCCAAAAACUAGUUGAGGUGAGCAUACUUUGUGGACUACAUACAGGUUUACUGGUGUAGUUAUAUGCAUACUUUCUCUACAGAUAUUUCAGUUUUACCUCAACUAAAGCCACUAAACCACUGUAAGUAAGCCUAUUGCUAUCACCAAGAUCUAACCAGAUGUAUAACAAAUACAGUUUGUAAUUAUAUACCAUUACUUAGACAUUAAAAACAACCACAUGAAGAUGGCGGCAGCAUUAAUUAGGCCAUAUAAUGUUAGUAUAAUUUCAUUUACUUGACAUCAUGGGGUCUUUAUGCCCGUCCUGAUGCAAUGUAAAAGCUAAUCUCAGGAACUACCAAUGCGAUCCUCACCAAACUUUGCGUACAUAUAAUAAGUGUGAUAUCUUGUGCACCUUACUCUUUUCAUCCAAGAUGGCCAUCACAGCCUCUGUUUGGCUGAGAUCAUAUGCAGUAACAACUUUUGUUCUGUUUGGUGGAUCUCAAUGAAACUUGAUUGGAGGAAUGAAAACAUGACAUCUCUGAUUUUAAGUGAAAGAAAAAUGCUCAAUUACGAUUCAAGAUCACAGCUACAUAUGUAAAUGGAGGCUUCUGAUUGGUCAAAAUUUAGAUAAUGCCCAAUUUUCAUGAAAAUUGGUAUGUUCAUGUGGUUGGUUUAUACUAAGACAAUGGCUGUGUUAAUUUUAUGAAUCUCUGACUGGCCCUAAUCAUAUCCAGUAACAACUUUUGUUCUAUUUGAUGCCGAUCCAAAUGAAACUUGGUGAAAGGGAUGAUAACAUGGCAAUGUUUCAUUUUAAACAAAAAUACUGGUAUAGGAUUUAAGAUGGCCACCAAACAGAGGGUCCAGAUUGGAAUUUAGAUAUUGUCUGAUUUUGAUAAAAUUUGGUACAUGUUGAUAUACAUGUACAUGUAUGUGUGAUUUGUAUGAUAAAUACAAAGACAACUGCAGUGUCCAUGUUCUAAAAUGGAUGCUGCUAUAUUUGUCUAAGUAAAGUUGAUUGUAUUGUUAUUGUUUGAGACUAGAUUAUACCAAAGAGGUAGAGGUGAACCUAGUUUAAGAUGUGUAGCUUUUAGAUAGCAAUAGAAUAGUUGGAGAUUCAGGAAAAUGUUAUUAAUUAUGUAAUAUUACACAUGGUGUAAUUGUGGAUUCUGUAAAUAAUUAUGUAAUAUUGAUAAACUGCAUCUUCUGUCCAAA